AUGAAAUUCUUUCUCGGAGCAGUUGCAAGUCUGUGUGUUCAGGUCCCCGAUGUUGCUUUUGAGAUGAUCACAUUUUCAGCUGCCAUUGUUUUCGCAAACAACCUAAAGCUUAUAGACUUCGGCUGUCCGCAAAAAUCCAUGAUGAACCACAUUCAAAUCUUGAGAAUGAUGCCGAGUCGAACAACAUGCACCAGAUAUACACGACGCUUUGCAGCUCACAAUGUCAUCUUUCAACGUGCCCUGAUGCUUGGGGCCACUGCACUUUUUCUUGGAGCAGACAAAGGCGGCGGCAGUUUGGUGAAGAAAGUCUACCUUUGGUUUCAGGGGCUAAUUUACGACGUGGAUCUUGAUUUUGACGGUUCUGGAGAGGAUGCGGCAUCAUGUGGAGAUGCUUGCUAUCAUUUGUUCUUAAAGUUUGUCUUCGGCAACGAUAAGCAUAGCCAGCUGAAGGGCAUUGUCAAGGGUGGAGGAAGCGAUAGCGGUGGUGGUUUCACAAACGGGAAAAUGAAGGAAGAGCUUGUGAGAAAGGGCUUGGCUAACAAGAAUGAAUACAUUCACUGCCCAUGCACCUCGCACAAUGACCAGACCAAUCUUCAUAAUGCUACUGAAAGCAUCUUUGGUGAAGGUGGAAUUGAGAAAAGGAAUGUUAUGCAACUAUUGCAUGCGCUUUCGGACUUCCAAAACGAUUUUUCUCACAAAUACCUAUACUUAGAUCUGCGAGAAGCUGCACAUCAUGAUAAAUUUCCCGACAAAGCAACAGUGCCAAAGGAUUUGCUUUGA